AUGGACUUCGCGGCCCUCAUGAACAAGGAGCUCUCCAAAUCCAAAAAAUCACCCAGCAACGAUGACAAGAAAUACAUGAAGCGCUCCGAAGUAGAGGCCGAGCGCAAAGCCACCUACCUAGCCGAACAAAAAGCCCUCGAAGCCGAACGCGCAACAAAAGCCGAGGCGAAGCGCAAGCGCGAAGAAGAAGUCGCCGCAGAGAACGCCCUACGCGAAGACAAGCGUCGCAAACUCGCAGAAGAGUCAAGAAAGAGGCAGGAAGAGAAGGAAUGGGAGGAAGAGCAGGCGAGGAGGAAGAGACUUGGCCUGCCAGAGCUCGUCAAGGGCGAAGAGAACGGCGACAAGAGUGAUGGCGAUGCGGCAGACGACAUUCCGGAUGACGAGCUGAUACAGAAGCUGAGAGAACUGGGUCAACCGGCGAUAUUAUUCGGGGAAUCACAUGCGGCACGACUGAGACGGCACAAGAAGCUCACUACGGUGUUGACAACGGGGCCGAUACCUACGACGCUAAAGCUGGUAGAAGAGAAGGACAUGAAGGUCGACGGCGCGGUACCAAAGGACAAGGAGGGCCGUCUGUGGCUAUUCCGACAGCUGGCGAGUUACUUUACCAUGGUGCUCACGGAAUACGAAAAGGCAAUGGAGGAAGAGAAGCGGGAAACGAGCGCCAGCAAAAUGGCCUACAGCGCCAUGGUCCAAACCCGCGAAAACAUGAAGCCACUCUUCCGCAAGUUCGAGUCUGGCGACCUCGACGACUCCCUCCUCCAGCCCAUCAUCGAAAUCGUCCAGGCCCUCCAGGAGCGCCGCUACGUCGACGCAAACGACGGCUACCUGCGCCUCAGCAUCGGCAAGGCCGCCUGGCCCAUCGGCGUCACCAUGGUGGGUAUCCACGAGCGUAGCGCUCGCGAGAAGCUGCACGACGGCGAAAAGGGCCAUGUCAUGGGCGACGAGGCCACGCGCAAGUACCUGCAGAGCAUCAAGCGCUGCCUGACGUUUGCGCAGGUGCGGUGGCCGCCGCAGGACCUGAGGCAGUUGAUGGGAUGA